AUGUCCAGCCUCGAUGUCAAGACCUCCCUCGACGGUCUUGCUGUACUCGCUCGGCAAGGCUCAUGGCGGGCGAUAGUGGACAAGGUCGUGGAGGGGUACAAGCUGGCGGGGCUGGCGCAGCAGCUGGCGUUACGCGGUUACCACGUGCUGGCGCUGAUGAAGCUGCGCAUGUAUGGGGCAGCAGCAGAGGAGCUCACACUCCUUGGGAACCUCGACUCGCCACAGUACCGAUACGAGGCACACCCGGGCAUGUACCCUGGGAGGAAAGGCUCCAUGCUGCCCUUCGCGCUGCGCUGGCUGGCAGCAGAGCUGCCCCACCGCAUGGGCAAUCCGGCCCUCACACUGGAGCGACUGUGCGCUCUGCAGGUGUACUGCACAGCUAAGGUGGGUGCAGUGCGGCGGCAGGCAGUGCGGCACGCGCUGGUCUCCCACCACCUGGCGCAGCGAGACUACCCCACCGCGCUCCUCUGGCUGCAGCGGCUCCUGCGCUACGAGCCAAGCAACGCCGCCCUGCUCUCGCGGUAUGGCCUCGUUCGGCUGCAGCUGGGGGACGUGGAGGGCGCCAGCACUGCGUUUGGAUUGGUGGAGAAGAUGGUGGUUCAUCGCGAGGUGGAGAUGGAGAGUGAGGGAGGGAGUGGGGGAGGAGGUGGGGAGGGGGCGGGGGAGGGGGAGGGAGGAGGGGAGGCAACAGGAGAUGCGAGUAACACAGCAGGAGCAGGAGCAGGAGCAGGAGCAGGAGGGGCAGGAGCAGGAGCAAGACGAGCAGGAGGAGGGAGCGAUGGGGGUGUGGGGGUGACGGCGGCAAAUCUGGGCGAGAUGAAGCGGCUGGUGCGGCUGAACAAAGCUCUGGUGCACUUUGCUCGCAAGGAGCAUGGGCAAGCGCUGCAGCUGUUCUCUGCGGUUACUAAAGAGGAUCCCACCAACUCCAUUGCUGCGAAUAACAAGGCCCUCUGCCUGAUGUACGGCCGAGAUCUCGCGACGGCGGUGCGGGUGCUGGAGGACCAAUUGCAGGCGAGCCCGCUGACAGCUGUCGACGAGACAGUGGUGCUCAACCUGUGCUCCAUGUACGAGCUGGCGGCGUCUGAUACGCUCAACGCCAAGAGCACGCUCAGCAACUGGCUAACCCGCCUCGCCCCUGACGACUUUGACUUCGCCUGCACUCGGCUGUAG